AUGGUCUCACCAGAAGAGCAAAAGACUGACUCUUCAGACGCGAACACAGCUGGCAAGAUAGUUCACUUUACGCGGAAUGUUAUUUUGUCGUCGCGACCGAUGAAAUCAGUACUGUAUUUCUCAGCCGAUACACGUUACAAGCUCUAUGUGAACCGGAAGCAUAUUGCCGUCGGACCGAGUCGCAGCAGUCCUUUGAUCUGGUAUUACGACACGCUGGACAUUGCACCCUACCUGCAAGAAGGACAAAAUGAGAUUCGAUUUACGGUUGUCCGGUACUUCGCGACUUCGAGGAGCGCAAUACCCUUUGCGCGGACGGCUCUUCCAGGCUUGACAGUUAUUGGAAAUAUCGAGACAGAUGAGGAGGUCGUCGAUCUUGCUUCUUCCAAGAAUUGGAGAGCAUCUGUGGAUGAAAGCAUUGAGUUUCCGACGGGAUUGGCUGACGAUGUGUUCCUUCAUAUCAGCGAGCGCGUUGUUCCUACAAACCCCGGUCCUGCGGUGGUACCAUUUGCCUACAAAAUAAAGACCCUCAAUGGCGAUAUUCCGCCGUGGAAUCUACGUCCACGCUCUAUCCCCAUGCCCGAGUCAACCCCAGCCGUUGUAAAAACCAUCAGAGCACGCGACAGUGUGAUCGAGGUCAGAGAUUGGACAGCCUUCUUCGCAACAAACCACUCUAUCGUCCUUCUUGCAAGCUCAACUCAUACACUUGAAGUGCAAGCCGAUGUCCAUUCGACUGCAUUCCUUCGAUGGGCCUUCAAAGCAGCCAAACACACUUCUCAGAUCAGACUCAAAGUGACACACUCAGAAGGCUAUGAGCUUGAGCCUCGAUCAUACCCUUUCUUCCGCUCCAAGGCUGACCGGCUGAAUGCAAGUGUUGGCCACAUUAUCGGACCAUACGAUGAAGUGACACUUAAUCUUCCUGACACUGAAAGUGUCGUAUACGAACCAUUUUGGUUCCGAACCUUUCGCCUUCUGAGGAUCGAAAUCACUGUAGGCUCCGAGCCAAUCGAGCUGGUAUCAUUUGAUGCUACUCAGGUCAACUACCCCAUGGCCGUCAAAGCCAGCUGGAAAGAGCCCGGUGACGCGCACAGCGAGCAGAUCUGGGCCGUUUCCAUCCGGACAAUGCGAAACUGCAUGUUCGACGGGUAUUCCGAUUGCCCAUUCUACGAACAAUUACAAUACUCCGGAGACAGCCGCUCCGUUGGUCUAUUCCACUACCUCCUCUCGGGCGACGACCGACUGAUGCGCCAAGCAAUUACAAAUUUUGCAGCCUCAAUCACACCCGAAGGUCUCACACAGUCCCGCUUUCCCUCACAAAUACCGCAACUCAUAGCUGGGUUCUCCCUGUAUUGGGUCCUGCAGGUCUGCGACCACCACCUAUACUUCGGCGAUACCCGCUUCGCGCGAGGCUUCAUCCCGCAUAUCGACGGUAUUCUCGACUUUUUCGAUGCCCACAUCGACGAGCUGGGUCUGGUCAGCGGACUGCCUGAAGUCGUCUGGCAAUAUGUUGACUGGGUGACGACCUGGGGUGCAACGGACGACCAUCCCGACAAAGGAGUUCCGACCUCCGGACGAAAAUCCAAUAGACACACUUAUUUUAGUAUGUUGUACGCGUGGGUUCUACAAAAUGUUGCUGGUCUGGUGCGUGAUGUUGGUCGGCCAGGACAUGCUGCUGAGUAUGAAGCGAGGGCGGCAUCGCUUCUAGGGGCUAUUGGGGCUCAUUGUUAUGAUGGGCAAUUCUUCACCGACUCGACAGCUGAUGUUGCCGAUGAGCUGUCGUAUUCUCAGCACUGUCAGGUCUUCGCUGUUAUUUGUGGAGCGGCAAGGGCCGAAGACUCUGCACGGAUCUUGACUGAAUCGUUUACCAAUGAUCGCUUCUCAAGGUGUUCGUAUAUGAUGCGGUUCUAUGCAUUCGGGGCAUUUUCUUUGGCUGGCGAGGAUUUGUACGAGUCAUUUUGGGAGAGAAUGUGGGCUCCGUGGCGAGGGAUGCUGGCGAAUAAUCUUUCUACUUGGGAGGAGGAUGAUGUUAGACAAAGGUCUGAUUGCCAUGCUUGGGGGAGUGUGCCAAUUUAUGAGUAUUGUACUGAGCUGGCGGGUGUUCAGCCGGUCGCUGCUGGCUCAUCGAAGAUAUCUUUCAGGCCCAGGCUACGGUUGACAGAAGCGUUGGAAGCGAAGGUGGCGCUGGGUAAGGAUAAUCUGGCUAUGAUCUCGUGGAAGCUCUCUGGGAACGAGAAGAUUGUGGAGUUUAGUCUUGAGAAGCCGGCUGAGGUUGUGAGUCGAUUGCCGGGAGGCAAAGAGGAAGAACAUGGGGUUGUAGAUCAUCUCAGCUUUCUUUUCAGCGAUUAA